AUGGUAACUAGAAAUAGAUUGGAGAACUUGUUGAAGUUCAAAGAGUUAAUGAUGAAGGAAUUUGAAAUGUCGGAUCUAGGAAAAUUGUUUUAUUUCCUAGGCAUGGAAUAUCAAAUGUCGAAGCAAGGAAUGGUGCUGCAUCAAAAGAAGUAUGUCAAAAAGAUACUCAGGAGAUUCAGAAUGGAUGAUUUGAAUCCGGCAUCCUCACCUGUCGGAACAAAAUUGAAGUUGGAGAAGCAUGGAGAGGAAGACAAAGUCAAUGUAACUUUGUUCAAGAAAAUUAUUGGAUCUCUGAGAUAUGUGUGCAACAGUCGACCUGAUAUAGGUUUCGCAAUCGGAUUAGUGAGUGUUAGCUGGAGAUUUUGA